AUGCAUUACCCAACGCUCGUCCAUCUCUUGUCACUGGCAGUCGCCGUAUCCGCCGCGUCUCAAAUCCACAAUGCGAAUCCUGGCUUCGCGGACGCUAAGAUGCAAGGAUGUGUUUCAGUCAAACUCGGAAGCGACUCGAAUGGCGUACCGGUCACCAUUAACAACUGCAACAAUGGAAACAUGGGCGACUUCUCGAUUCAAUAUGACUGGGAUGUGUCAUUUUUCGAUUCUCCUACCAAUCCGCAAGCCCCACAGUAUAUCAAGGUUGCUGGCGACAUGUGUCUCGAGGUCAAAGACGGUGCCGAUUUGGAUGGGAGCGCGGUGCAAAUCGCCACUUGUGACAAUACCAAAUCCAACCCGAAUCAGCAAUGGACUUCGUACCCGGACUACACCUUCCGUUGGGCCAAGAGCGGCAAUAAAUGCCUUGACCUCCGUGACGGCCAGGUCGCUAAAGGCACGCCCCUUGUUAUUUCGACUUGCUCUGGUCGGCGCUCCUCGACUCAAGCUUGGGCCAGUAGCUCCUUCCAAGCUGACGAGGGCGUUUAUCUCUUCGUCUCCGGCUCAGUCUAUUGCAUGUUAGCCUCAGUCAACAACGCAAAUAUACCAGCCAGCGUCGCUGAAUGCGUGGGUGCCGACCCGAAGCAAACGUUCCGCGACGGAAGCCUCACGUGGAAUGUUCCUUCCGCCCCCUUUACCGGCCCGAUCUCGACGUUUGGCGACAAAUGCCUCACCGUUUCCGGCCCCAUACUUAGCCUCGAGUUGUGCACCGGUGCCAGUAAUCAGCGCUUCCGCUCGCUCCCGAGUGGCCAGCUUGAGUGGGACCACACUGGCUCGUGUGUCAGCAUGAGCGACAGAUUUCUCCGACUCUCUGAGUGCAGCGAUGCGAGUGACCAGAAAUGGACGCGCACUCAUGGCGCGUGA